AUUUCAGAUAUGGUAUAUUUUUCUAUUUUUCAGGAAGCAUGCAGGGAGAUAAGAUACAGAGUGCUAGAGAGGCUCUGCUACUUUUCCUGAUGAGUUUACCAGCUGAUUGUUACUUUAAUAUUGUUAGUUUCGGUUCAUUUUUUAACUCCCUUUUCCCUACGGAAAGUAAGAAAUACAGUAGUGAAAGUUUAGAUGAAGCUUUUACACUACAGAAAACCAUGGAGGCUGAUAUGUAUGGCACAGAGAUACAGAAACCUUUGACCCAUGUCUUUAAUAUGGACCCCAUAGAGGGACAUCCUCGCAGGGUGUUUGUGUUAACAGAUGGAGAAGUGGAUGAUAUAAGAUGUGUAACACAGCUUGUGAAAACACAUACACAUAACUCUGAUACCAGGGUUUUUGCUCUUGGUAUUGGUGUUGGUGCCUCAACUGCACUAGUUAAAGGUAUUGCCAAUAAUGGAGGUGGCAAGUCUGAAUUGGUAGUGGAGGAGGAAAGACUCCAUUCUAAGGUGAUUUCAUUGUUGAAAUAUGCCAUGCAACCAGCCAUUACAGAUGUUAGAAUAGACUGGGACCUACCUGCUGGACUGACCCCAAUUACCAUUCCAUCAGAACCACCUGUUAAUAUAUACGCUGGAGAAAGACUCACCUUGUUUACAAUACUUCGAGGAUAUUGUGCUAAUCACAACAAUGCAUCUGGGUCAGUAACAUUGAAUGGUCAACAAAGUGGAAAUCCAGUCUCGUAUAAAAUGACCUUCACCUUGCAAAAUACAAAUGAAUUAAGCACAUCUGCACCUAUUCAUCGGCUAGCAACAAAAGCUCAAAUCAAACUUCUGCAGGAUACAGUUAAUGCAGAUGUUUUAAUUUUGAAUCCAAAUCAAGUGGAAGAACUUUGUGUGAGGAUAGUCAGUUUAAGUUGUCUAGGCAAUGUUGUGUCAAGGUAUACAGCCUUUGUUGCCAUAGAUACCAAAGGUAAAAAGGUGAUUGGUGACAAGAAGACAAGGAAGUGCCCAGUACCAAUGAACACUGUAGAAUAUAGGGAUGGCAUGUAUGAUGCUAAAUUAAUGAAGGAAGGAGUUACAGACCAAAGCCUGUACUCGGCAGCAAUAAGAAAAACCUGUGUACAGCGUAUGAAAUUGACAAAAAAGCAUCAGCGAAUGUUAGAUGAAGAUGAGGAAAAGUGGGUUAAAGAUGGCUCUGACUCUCGGUUUUGCCGCCAUUCCCGGAGAAGGGCAAAGUUGUCAUGCUGUAAAAUUAAACUGCCUAAAUUUUCACAGUUAUUUUCAAACAGAAGGCAAAGGAAAGACAAUGUUCGUCCUAAAAGACAUGAACAAGCUGGGGCAGCAUCAGAUGAAGACUAUGCACAAAUAUCAAGCAGUAUGUUAAAGAUGGACAUUUCUGAUAAUCAAACUAGAAAUCUCCCAUCAGAUGAUGAUAUGUUGACAGUGAUCUCAUUACAACAAUUAGACGGACAAUGGAUUUCAUCUGAGAAAACUACUUAACACCCUU